AUGAAACCAACGAUGCCUUAUAAAAGAAAUUAUGGUUCUCAGACUACUUCACCUCAACAAACCAAUCUAUCGCCAUUCUCUUCAUUUCUCCCAUCGAAACCAACACAUGUAAUCAAUCUAUUCAACUCACCUUCUGAUAUGACUGGAUAUCAAUACUCAACGCAAUGCCCAACCAAAUCAAUACAGCCCUCGAAAUCAUCAGAAUUAUACAACUCUAUCAAAUCAAGUUUCAAGAUAUUCUAUAAUUCCAUCUACGAUUACUUUCUUUCAAAGAAUAAUGUUUGUUAUGAAACAGAUGAUUAUUAUCAAUAUGGAAGAAUGCAACAAAAUUCAAUUUUAGAUGACAUUAUUCAUAACCCUAAGAAUCAAGUCAGUCACGUUAUUCAUAAUAUUCAUAAUAAAAACAACAAUGUAAAUUAUUUAAAUCAACAGCAGCAACAACAACCACAACAACCACAGCCAAUGAAUAAACAACCACAUCAUAAAACAUUUACGACCACUACAACUUUAUCAAAUUUAAACGCACACCCGACGACAAAUAUUUCAACGAAUCAUUUUAAUAUUAUUGACCAAACGACAACCACUACGACAACCACUACGACUACAGUACAAUCUUUAUCAGCGGCAGCAGAUUCAUCACAUUUCCUAAAGAGUGGAGCAAUUCACUUACCAUCACCUUGUUUCAAGUCCUAUAGUAUUCCGAAAGACACCAGGGUCGAACAACAGAUUAGCAAUCACCAGGAGAACGAAGAAAACUCUCGACUUAAAUAUAGCUUCAACUCGGUUUGCAGGUUUAUUUUGGGAGAGAAACAAAUUAAAUCACAAGAUCUCUACAAAGCAAAGCUGUGUAUUGGAUUUUGUUUCACUGUUGUCAGCUUUAUUCCAUCUUGGAUUAUAUUCUUUUUACUUUCCGGACUGAAAGAACCGGCGAUGAUGGCAAUACUAUCUUUACCUAUGACUGCAUCAUCUCUUUUCGUUCUGCGAAAGACUGGAUCCACUCAUUAUCCAGGUCAUAUGCUUUGUUUUACUUUGUGUUUUGCGCUGACAAUGAAUUCCUAUUAUACAGGUGGGCAUCAGUCAACGCUUCGUUUGCUAAUGUCCACGCUUCCAAUUGUAUCGGCUUUGGUCAUUGGUAGAAGAGCAUCAGUUCAGUGGUCAUUCGUUGUGCUUAUCAUUCUAUUGUUGUUCUUCAUUGCAAACCUCUUGGGAUAUGAAUAUGUAGAUGGUAUUCCAACGAUAACCAUUCGAUCUCACAUGAACUUCAUUAUUGAUGUUACACUGGUGUUGAUUACGAUGUCUUUCACUCUGUGCUAUCAAUAUUUUAUUGAUGAAGCACACCGCGAGACCAAGACAAAGAAUCUUCAACUGACGGUUGCUAAAGAUGCUGCGGUCGAGGCAUACCAAGCCAGACAGGAAUUCUUGGCAACAAUGUCACAUGAAAUUCGUACUCCGCUCAAUGGAUUGAUAGGAAUGGCUACACUUUUAAGAGAUUCUCUUUCACUACCACCCGAAGAGAAGCAAAUGGCCAAGUCUGUCAAGUCCUGUGGUGAUAUCUUGUUGCGUUUGGUCAAUGAUAUUCUAGAUCUCAGUAAACUGGAAGCCAAUCAGAUGGUUGUCGAGAACAUUGGAUUCAGAGUGAAAGAUAUGGCUCAUGAGAUCUGUCAGGUCUUGGCAGCACAAGCCAAGGAGCACAACUUACGAUUGCAAUAUGAAGUGGCGGACAAUGUCCCUCCAGUUCUCUUUGGAGAUACAGGUCGUAUUCUCCAGGUACUGAUGAAUCUCACUGGUAAUGCAAUCAAAUUCACACCGGAAGGAGUUGUUAAAAUCAUCAUCGAUCUGAUAGAGGAUGAUGCAGAGAAGAUCACUUUCAAGAGCGACGAAUACAAUGUUUGUUUCCGUGUGCAAGACACCGGAAUAGGGGUUCCACCAGAGUCACACCAGAAAAUCUUUGAAGCAUUUGUACAGGCGGACCCAUCUGACAGCAGAAAAUAUGGUGGAAGUGGACUUGGACUAUAUCUUUGUGCCAAGCUCGUCAAGUUGAUGCGUGGUGAGAUUGGAGUAUACAAUAAUCAGCAUGGAGGUUCGACUUUCUGGUUCAUUCUACCUCUGAAUGUUGGAAGUGAGAUGGAGGAGCACGCCAAUCCUAUGGUGGCAGAUUCAUCAACAAUCUAUACCAACGGCGAAAUUAAAGUAUUGGUAGCGGAAGACAAUGUUAUCAACCAGCGUGUUGCUGUCAAAUUCCUUGAGAAACUCGGAAUCAAAGCAGAUGUCGCUUCGAAUGGAAAUGAAGUACUGUCGAACCUAGAGAAUCAUCAAUACGAUUUGAUAUUCAUGGACUUUCAAAUGCCAAUACUCGAUGGUCUGCGGUGUUCCUAUACCAUCAGGCAAAUGGAGACUGCCAAAAUAUGGCCAAUGCGAUUUCCAAUUUUUAUUUGUGGAUUGACAGCCAAUACCAUGUCAACCGACAAGAAGCGUUGUUUCGAUAAUGGAAUGAAUUGGUUCAUUUCCAAACCGUUCCAAAUUGGUGAGCUUAGAACUGCCAUUGAAAUGGCAAUCGAAUUCAAAGAGAAAUAUAGACGAGAGAUGAAUCAACUGCAACGACAAAAGACAAUGAUAAAUCAAAUGUCUUUGAAAUAA